CAUCAUUCUAUCACCAAAAAUUCCAUGACUAGUUGAAAAUAAUGUCUAAACCAGGUCCCAGGUCCGAGAAUUCUCCCUCACCCACGAGGUUGAGACAGAUUGCGCUUGUGGCACGUGAUCUGGAGUGUGCGAGAAGACAACUGACUCAUGUCAUUGGGACUGAAGUAAUCUACGAAGAUCCGGCCGUGGGACAAUGGGGCUUGAAAAACUUUCUAAUUCCACUUGGAGGCGAGAUAAUUGAGGUUGUUUCCCCUGUCAAAGAGAAUACGACCGCUGGACGACAACUCGACAAGCGCGGUGAUGGCGGCUACAUGAUAAUCAUGCAAACCGAAGAUGCAAGAAAGAGGCGAGAAUUUAUCGAGAAGAACAGCCUUUCCAAGGUCAUUUGGGGAUACGACCACGGUGAUACCGUAUGCGUACAGUAUCAUCCGAAAGGCAUCAAAGGCGGUGUAAUACCAGAACUAGACUCGCAUGCCCCAUCACCAAAUAAUCCGACACCACUUAAAUCCCGAUUCUCUCCAUGGCACGCAUGCGGAUCUGACCACAAAGUCUACUACCCUGGUAUGAAACGCGCCUCACAUCUCUCGUUGGAAGGCUGUGUUCUGCGUCUCGCGCCUGGGGAUGUGGGCCACGAGGCUGCGGCACGGCAAUGGGAGGAGAUAUUCGGAGUGGUAAGAAGUAGGGAUCUUUUGGCUUUUACGAAUGCAAGAGUGGGAUUCGUACCAGGAGAGGAGGGAAAGCAUGAGGGUAUCGUUUCGAUUACCGUCGGUGUUCGUGGUAAGGAGAAUCUAGAGGGGAUUCUAGAGCGGGCAAAGAAGGAGGGUCUUUGUGGGAAUGGAUGGAUUGAGAUGGUAGGGGUGAAGUGGCAUUUUGUGCUUACAUAUUAUGGGGACGCUGUGAAAGUAAAACUAUAAAGAGUACUUGUUGGUUUAGGUAUGUAGGAAAUGAUAUAUGGUAGAGGUAUCCUGUUUUCCAAUAUGAACAAAAAUUACUACGUAGUCAUGGUGCCAGUUUAUGCCUCAGCUGAUAUUGCCAGCAGAUAGAUGCCAUAACUGAGAAAUACUAAGCUACAGUACAAUCAUUCACGUGUGAGCAUCCAUCGUUGCUUUUGGUUCUCCAUAGUUGUUCCACUCAGCGUUCAAUUACUUAGAAAGACAUCUAAU